AUGCGUGAACAGAAACGCCGCUUCGAGGAAGACAUGAAGAUACUUGAUCUGCAACACGCACGGGAGAAACUUGAGAUGGAUCAGCUCUCCCGGGAGUUGGCUCAGGCUGGCCUCGCUGGUCCUCUCAGCGAGCCCACCACUCCCCCGGAGUAUCGUGAAACCUCCGUCACUAGCGCUUUUGGUCGUCCCAGUCGGUUCUCUACGUCAAGCGUUACCUCAUCGCCAAGUUUCUUCAAUGCCUUUGCUCCAUCAACCUUGACCUCCCCUCAAGCCCCCGCUCAGGCAAACCAGCCAACAUUGGAUCGCUUCGCUGGCCACUCGGUCCCUGGAUCCCGUCGAAACUCCGAGAAGGAUGAUUUCCUGGCCGAUCCUACCUCGCCUUUCCGACCUGCCCCCAAUGGUCACCGUUACUCAAUGCCCUCCGGAAACACCAAUGGUCACAGUCGAAACAGCAUCUCUGGAUUGUCGGGUGUGAAUUCUGCAAUUGACAAGUGGUCUAACACCCAGUACCUCUUCCCUGGCGCUGAGGAUAAGUCGCUGGGACAUCUCCGCGAUUUGGAGCGGCUCUCCACCCCUGACAUCAAGAGUUACAUCAAGUUGACGGAGCCCGAUGACAAGUUCCCUACUCUGUCCCGCCGAGGUGAUUCCAACGUUCUGUCGGCAAACCCUGAUGCGCACGACCUUGCAAACCCUCGUGCCCAUGGAGGUGAAUCCUUUUCUCACCACAGCCGAAACCGAUCGUCCCACCAGAGCCUGCCCCACAAUAUCAUUAACUAUGGACAACCCUCCAACGAUGAUCACGGAAAUUAUGUCCACGCGCGCCAUGGGACCCGCCAUUCACUGAGCAGCAACCUGUCAUUCCACGAUGAUCGUCAUGAUGAGGUGGUGACCCCUGUCCCUUCCACCCGUCCCGCUGCUUUGCAGUCUUCGUAUUCCACCAACGAUCUUCCAACCGUGAAGGCUAACGGGAACACGAAUGGACAUGGCCAUGCUAUUACCCCGCCUAAGACUCAACACGAGCAGAUGCACCAGCACAACACAAGCCUGGGGCGUAUCCCUCAGGGUGCUGCAAACAACCGCCAGGCCAAGAAUGAGGUGGAUGAGUCUGAUGUCAACGGCAGCCAUCAGUCCCAAACAACCUUGCAGGCAAGCGCUGCGCCAUUUGGACCGCAGCUCACCCCAGCUGCAUCUGGCAACCAUGUUCCCGGCGGCAUUACCCAAAUGACAUUGCCAUUCCAGGUUCCCUCAGCUCCUAACUAUGGUUACCCAGUUCAGCCAUAUGUUAACCAGGUGGCGGCUCCCAUCAACGGACACAUGCAGAAUUUCAAUGCUGCUGCUGCUUACAACGGCUUCCCUGCCUAUGGUCCUGGUUUCCGCUUUAGUGAGCCUGCUCCUCGGGGUAACAUGGCUCAACGCCGCCAGGAAAAUGAUGCCAGCCAGCUGACUCGCUUUGGUAACUACCCCCUUGAGCACUACAAGGGUGAGCUUUACAGCCUAUGCAAGGACCAGCAUGGCUGUCGAUACCUGCAGCGGAAGUUGGAAGAGCGUAACGAAGAGCAUGUGCAGCUGAUCUUCAAUGAGACUUACAUGCAUGUGAUUGAGCUGAUGACAGAUCCCUUUGGAAACUACCUGUGCCAGAAGUUGCUGGAGUAUUCCAAUGAUGAACAGCGCACCGCUUUGAUCGAUAACGCAUCAUCCCAAUUGGUCAAAAUCGCUCUGAACCAGCAUGGAACCCGCGCUUUGCAGAAGAUGAUUGAGUUCAUUUCGACCCCUCGACAGACUCAAACUGUGAUCAAUUCUCUCCAGAACCAUGUUGUUGAACUUGUGCAGGACUUGAAUGGAAACCAUGUCAUUCAGAAGUGCCUUAACCGUCUUUCCCCGGAGGACGCCGAAUUCAUUUAUGAAGCGGUUGGAGGUAACUGUGUGGUCGUUGGUACUCACCGUCAUGGAUGCUGUGUCCUUCAACGUUGCAUUGACCAUGCAUCUGGUAACCAGAAGGCCCGUCUGAUUGCCCAGAUCACCUCCCACUCGUUUGCUCUUGUCCAAGAUCCAUUUGGAAACUAUGUGGUGCAAUACAUUUUGGACCUCAACGAACCCAGCUUUACCAACCCGCUGUGUGCGACCUUUGGUGGAAAUAUCCCUCAGCUUUCUAAGCAGAAAUUCAGCUCCAAUGUCAUUGAGAAGUGCCUCCGCACUGCCGACAACUACAUGAAACGCGAGCUGAUUGACGAGUUCCUUAUGGGCGGUGAAUUGGAGAAGAUGCUGCGUGAUUCCUUUGCCAAUUAUGUUGUGCAAACUGCUAUGGACUUCUGUGAUGCCGAAACUCGCAACCGCAUUGUCGAGGCUGUUCGCCCUAUUCUCCCUUCCAUUCGCCAGACUCCCCACGGUCGUCGCAUUGCUGGAAAGAUCAUGGCUGCCGAUACCAAUGGACGCAGCAACGGCAGCAGCACUGUGACGAGUGGUCAGGCAACCCCCAACGAAGCCAGCACCACUUCUCAGGUCCCCAAGGCUAUGCUGCAGAAGCCUUUCAUGUAUCAGUCCGGUCAAUCUUCCGGAGUCUCGUCCCCAACCCCAAAUGGGUACAGCAACGGCAGCAAUGGGUCCUACAUCCCUCAUUCCUCGCAGAGCUCCGUCUCCAACACCCCUUCCGGACAGAGUGACAGCUCGUCUAUCUACCCCGCCCCGGCUUCUCAGCAAUCCGUCAGCGUCGGAGCGCAGAGCCAGCCCUACACCUACUUCUGA